AUGGGCUGGGUUGACAACGCGACCCCUGAGGUCGAGAGUCUGUCGCAAUACCCCACAAUCAUCGCUAUCUGCGUGGUUCUCUCCAUCCUCUCCAUCACAGUUGUCGGCGCCCGGCUAUGGGUUCGUGCGACAGCUCGCGGUUUGGCCAGUGACGACUGGAUGGCCGCACUGUCCAUGGUCUUCGCGCUUAUCUACUCCAUUCUUUGCAUCAUCCAGACGAAGUAUGGCCUUGGCUUGCCUGUCAAGGCUCGGCCAAAGGCGAACCUCAUCCCGUACACCCGCGUCAACUUUGCAGGGCGACCAAUCUACCAAAUCGGCAUCAGCUUCUUCAAGAUCGCCUUGUUGAUAAGCUAUCUUCGUCUACUGAAGGGAACAGAUCAAAAAACUUAUCGUCUCGUCGUUUGGAUCACCAUUGGGCUCGUCUUGGCUGCCCACCUUGGAUGUGCCCUCUCCCUUAUCUUCGCCUGUUCGCCAGUCGACAAGUCGUGGAAUCCUCUGAAGGCUGGAACAUGCCUGGCACCCGGUCCUUCUUUUACUGGAUACGCAGUCGUUACAAUUGUCUCCGAUAUUGUCGUGGCGAUUCUACCGAUUCCGGUUCUGCUUAAGCUCAACGUGCGCCUGGAGAAGAAGCUGGGCCUUAUCGGCAUUUUCAUGCUGGGCCUCUUCACCACUAUCUGCUCCAUCCUCCGAUACCUUCAAAUCAACCGUAUUCAGUACGGUGACGGCAAUUCAACCAUGCUAGUCCUUUGGGGCACAAUCGAGUUUAACGUGGGCAACAUGGUAUCCUCUCUACCGUUCCUCGCCCCGGUGUUCAUGAAGAAAGCCAGGGAGUACCGAUCCAAGCACUCAGGCCAAGGAUACGGCUCGUCACACCGCAUGAGCCGGAGUCGAGGCCACAAAAACGGCGACCAUUACCAGCUAAGCGACGUCAGCAACGACAAGAGUGUUUUUGCGUCUACGAACAAAUCAGGCAGCGAAGAGAACAUUUUGCAACAAGGAGCGAUUGUGAAAUCCGUCACGUACAGCGUCCAGGUCGACGAGGAAGCGGAUGGCCAAGGAACACGUCGGCGCAACGACUCGGGGUCCAACGUCUGA